UAACGUGUUGAACUUGAUCCCGGCACGAGCCGGAUGCCGCCGAUGCGGAUCUUCUCCAUCUGCAGGGCAGGAAGCUGCUGCUGAAGCGCCUCAAAGCUCGUGGUUCUUCUGGUUGUGAUAGAGGGACUGGCGAUGGGGUACAGGGUGGUCCAUGGGGUCCUGCGGCCCGCUGGCCUCACAGCGUCGCUGGUGUUCAUCCUCGGCGUCCUGCUGGUGGCGGUUUGUGCCGACGCGUCGGACUACUACAAGCUGCUGGGGGUCAGCAGGGAAGCGACAACGCGAGAGAUCCGGCAGGCGUUUAAGAAGCUGGCGCUCACCAUGCACCCCGACAAAAACCCUGGCGACUCCUCGGCUCACGAGAAGUUCCUGAAGGUGAAUCGGGCUUAUGAAGUCCUAAAAGACGAAGACCUGAGAAAGAAAUAUGAUAAGUACGGAGAAAAGGGACUGGACGAGCAGCAGGGAGGCCGCUACGAGAGCUGGAACUACUACCGCUACGACUUUGGUAUCUAUGAUGAUGAUUUAGAGAUCAUCACUCUGGACAGCGGAGAGUUUGAAGCAGCAGUGGACUCUGGAGAAAUCUGGUUUGUCAACUUCUAUUCCCCACGGUGCUCGCACUGCCACCAGCUGGCUCCAACGUGGAGGGAGUUUGCCAAGGAGAUGGAUGGAGUGAUCCGCAUUGGAGCAGUGAACUGUGGAGACAACCACCAUCUGUGCAGGAGGAAAGGCAUCAACAGCUACCCCAGCCUGUAUAUAUAUAGAGCAGGACAGAGGCCGGAGAAGUUCACCGGGGAGAGGAAUAAAGACAACCUGGUUCGCUUCUCCAUGCAGUUCAUCACUACGACCGUCACUGAGCUGUGGCAGGGCAACGUGUUCACCGAGAUAGAGAACGCGUUCUCCUCAGGACUCAGCUGGCUUAUCACCUUCUGCUCUGACACCGGAGAUUGUUUGGAGCCAAGGACACGACAGAAGCUCGCUGGGAUGUUGGACGGCCUUGUUAAGGUGGGAUGGAUGGACUGCACCAUACAGCAACAGCUCUGCGACAGUUUUCAGGUGACGAGCGGAGCAACGGGUCUGUUCCCCCCUGGAAGCGCCGUGGAUCAACACGGCAGCGUACUGUGGGUGAAGACUCUGGACAGCAGAGAGAUUUACAACCAGGUCAUCGAUCACCUGCCCGAUCUGGAGCUGCUGACCAGGGACACUUUCAAGGAGAAACUGGCCCAUCACCGCUGGCUGAUCAGUUUUAGGUUCAGCGGCCGAUCCGCCUCCAGCGAGUACAAGAAGCUUCAGGCGUUUCUUCGGAGCGACCACAUCCAGGUGGGCAGAGUGGACUGCGCGGCAGACUCUGAGUUGUGUCGGUCUCUGUACAUCCACAAGCCCUGCGUGGCCGUUUUUAAAGGACUGGGGAUCCACGACUUUGAGAUCCACCACGGUAAAGAAGUGCUGUACAACAUCGUGGGAUUUGCGAGGGACAGCGUCCGCGCUCACGUGACGACGCUGAGGCCAGAAAACUUCCCCUCCAACAGGAAGGAGCCCUGGCUGGUAGACUUCUUUGCUCCGUGGUGUCCUCCAUGUCGAGCCUUACUUCCUGAACUGAGAAAAGCGUCCAUCCAGUUGGCCGGACAGAUGAAGUUUGGUACUUUGGACUGCACCAUCCACCAUGACCUGUGCUCCACGUACAAUAUUCAAGCAUAUCCCACCACCGUCAUCUUCAACGGCUCCUCUGUGCACGAAUACGAAGGGCAUCACUCGGCUGACGGCAUCCUGGAGUUCAUACAGGAUCUGGUCAACCCUUCCGUGGUGGUCCUUGAUCCCUCCAGCUUCGCGGAAAAAGUCAAAGGCAGAGGUGAAGGGCAGACCUGGGCCGUGGACUUCUACGCUCCUUGGUGUGGUCCCUGCCAGGCCCUGAUGCCAGAGUGGAGACGCAUGGCUCGGAUGGUUUCGGGUCAGAUCCUGGUGGGCUCAGUCGACUGUCAGCGCUUUCAGACGUUCUGCCAGAGUCAGGGCGUGAGGGCGUACCCUGAAGUUCGACUGUACGCUGGGAACACCAGGCAGCCAGAGCGCUUUUCGAGUUACAAUGGCUGGCACAGAGAUGCACAUUCACUCAGAGCAUGGACACUUAGUUCUUUGCCCAGAGCAUCGGUGGAUCUGACUCCCCAGACCUUCAGAUCCCAGGUUCUUUCAGGUCAAGAUCACUGGGUUCUAGAUUUCUAUGCCCCCUGGUGUGGACCUUGUCAACACUUUGCCCCAGAGUUUGAGAUCCUGGCUCGGAUGCUUAAAGGAAAGGUCCGAGCGGGGAAGGUGGACUGCCAGGCUCACCAUCAGACGUGUCAGUCAGCUGGAAUCACUGCCUACCCAACGGUCCGAUUCUACCCAUACCUGGGAGCGAGGAGGAAUGAACACAGCGGGGAGCACAUUAACAGCCGGGACGCCAACACGAUCGCUGACAUCAUCAGGCAUCGCCUACAGCAGCUGUCACCACGGUUACAGAACACACCAAAGGACGAGCUCUGACCAUGGAGGAAGCUACACGGGAGACCAACGACCUGAUUGGUCUAAGGGAGAAUGUACGUGGGUUCGAUUGGUUCAGUGACUCAGCACUCCUGGAGGUGACGGCAGACAUGCGGCGACUGACGCAUGCUGCGGUCUUCAACGAACUGAACCCUUUGGCCUUAAUUUUAUUUGCUUUUAUUUUGUCUCCAAUGUUUGUAUUUACUCUAUGAAGUAAACCUGUGAGACAUUAUGGGAUAUCGUUACUGAUCCAGUUGCGCACACACACACACAAAUGCUGACACACUACUGUAUUUUAGUGUUCCUGAAGGAACAUUUGCAGAAUACAACUUUUAUUUUGUUAUACAUGUCCCAACAUCCGUUUUACAGCGCUAUCUGUGCUUUAUAUUCUGUCUGUUUGAAAAAAAAUCUAGAUUAUGUUUUGAAUAAAUAAGGCAGACGUAAUGUGAAGCGUUACUGUUUUUAUGUGUCAUUUUAACUAAAUGUGGCUAUAUUGGGUCAGAUGUUUUGAUGGAAACAAAGUUCUGGAUACCAGCUGGUAAAAAAAGGAAACAGCUGUAAAAUGAUAAUUCUACCCAUAAGAAUAUUACAUUUAUAAAAAGAAUACAAUUUGAAAUGAAUAAAACAUUAUUUUCUAAUGUUACAUUUAUUUUCCAGCCUUUUAUUUCCAUUGCCUUGCAAAAGUAUUUAUACUGCAAGAACCUUUGUACGUUGCAAUCUGAAACUUCAGUGUAUGUCAGUGGGAUUCUGUGUGAUAGAGCAAGACGAUGGUGGGAGAAAUUAUACAUGGUGUCAAUAUUUUUUUUUUUUACAAGUGGAAAAAGUGUGAUGUUGCCAAUAUAUUCAGCUCCCCUGAGUCCGACGACGAUUGUACAACCACCUUUUGCUCCUGCAAAUCUUCUACUGUAUGUCUCCACCACAGGCUGCUAGAGACGGACAUUUUAACCCAAAAAUAGUAGCAUAGCCAGAUUGGGAACUUCAUUUUUUUUUUUUUUACUUAAUGAAACUCUAAAGAACAUCACUGUUUAAUUUUUACUCAGCAAAAAUGUUGAUACAAAUAAAAAAAUAAUGGAUGA